UGACUGGCAUAUGUGGAACACCUGACGACGACUGCAGUGUAUUUGCUACAUGUGCUGACACAAGACCAGGAACCUAUAACUGCACCUGUAACAAAGGAUAUACUGGAAAUGGGAAAAUAUGCAAAGGUCUAUACAAUUAUCUAACAGAAGGUUCUGUUAGAAAGAUGUGUAAUAAUGUUCGAGUUGCUUUCAUAACAUCAGUAUUUAUAUGGAUUGAACCACAUAAAAUCAAAGUAAUAUAUUUCUGAGAAUGAGGAUAAAAAACCGAACCCUAACCAUGCUCAAGGGAGUCAAGGCAGCUAAUAUAUGUACAGACCGCAGCACCCAAAUUAUAUUGUUCCAGGUAUUACAACAUUUGUACAUUCAAUUGACGACUUGUUAAUUUUUUGCUCUAGGUGUAACCGUCAAUUUUACAAAGAAAGCUUACAGUGGCAAAGAGGGUGAGCCAGCUUUACCCGAAAUUAUUGUUAGUGCAGGGAAUAUAAGUGAACCGAUAACUAUAAGGUAAGGAAAUUCUACAAAGAUACAACAUUCUUCCAAAUUAUACCGUUUCCGUAAGAUACACUUAUUGAUUGGUUUAACAGAUAAUCCAACCUGCUAUUUUACCAGCUUCGAACGUAUUUUCCGGGCCCUGACACGACGAGAAAAAAAUGUGAGAAACAGGUAUAAAAUACAAGACAGACUUGUACGUGAAACCGUUUGAAUCGGAUUUUUAUAUACAUCAAUAUUUUGAAAAAUAAAACAAGUAUUUCGGAACCCGCAUUAAUUAAGUAAAAAAUAAAAGUGGAUGAGGGGUUACGGAACCCCUCCCACCCUGGAUGUGAAUAUAUCCCAUGAAUAUGUGAAUAUGUCUCUCAUCGUUUCUAAACUGCAUUCUCUACAUAUUCCCUGCAUACGGUCUUUUUCUUUCCUUAUUAACUUACUCAUAAUUUUAUUUAGAGACUGUACUUUCCAACGAUCUUGGAAAAUGCCCAUUGUUAGGAAAACAAAUUACCAUAAAAAGUACCUGUCAUAAUACAAGUUUACUUUCUUUAACAGUGUUACUCCAAGUGCAAAGACAGCUGGAGAUGAUGAUUUUGUUCCUCAAACCGUGGAUGUCACUUUUGAACCGGGCGAGACUGGUCCAAAGUUGAUCCCCAUUAACAUCAUAGAUGAUGAUGUUGUUGAAUCCAAAGAAGAAUUUACAGUCACCAUGUCAUCUUCCUCACCUGGGGUAACAGUUGGUGAACCUGCAACUGUGAUCAUUAAAGAUAAUGAUAAGUCAGGUAGGCUUUACACAACAUGAAAUGCUCUCCAAACAUAUAGCUUCUAUACUUAUCUCUCGCAAAACUUAAAGUCGAUAUUUUCUUCUCCGUCCAUCACGAGCUUCCUUUAAUGGCACAGGACUGUUACUGUCGUUCCAAGAACUUGAUCAAAUGAAUUGGUCAGCCUAGCUGAGGUAAUGUAUUGAAUCAAUAUUUGAGGAACACUUCAAUUGGAACGACAGUAAGUUUCGAAUGCCACAGGAAAUAGUUGUUGUUGCUCUCAUUAUAUCACAAAGAGAUUCUGCCCAGGUAACCACUGACAAAACUAUUAUUACCAUUUUGAAACAUUUUCAAUAAUACUCUGAAAAGUAAAAUGUUGUUCUCGUACAAUGUAAACGCAAUUUGAUCAUUUGCUAACUCGGAAUUUAAUUAAACCAUGGUGGCUACAUCCACGGACAGUUACUAGGUUACAAACAUAAUGCAACUGAAAGUUAUGUUAAGUGCUUCUUCAUUCAUAUUGCUUUCAUUAGAAAUCAGAAUAUGUGGAACUCCACAAGAAGACUGCAUUGAAUUUGCGACAUUAUUGUAUGAUUUACUUGAUUUUAGUUGUAAAGACUACUUUGGUUGGAAAAAAUUAGCUCUUUCCCCAAAGAUUUUGUUUUUCUAAUUAGUUUCUCUUUUGCCUUCCCAAGUAAUCAAAAUAUGUGGAACUCCACAAGAAGACUGCAGUGUAUUUGCUACAUGUGCUGACACGGCACCAGGAGCGUUUACCUGUACCUGUAACGAAGGAUAUACUGGACGGAUGGGAAAACUUGUCAAGGCACGAUUUUGGGAUCUAAUUUUAAAACAAAGCGUUUGCUGUACCUCAUCGCCAGAUCAAAAUUCAUUUUUGGUGUAAAGUUUCUUCGAAACUUUAUUGUGAUGAGUGCAUGGGGAAAAUUCAAACGAGUCAGUCAGUCAUUCAUUCAGUCGUAGAGUAAACUUUCCGGGGGGUGUAUACGAUUUAUGUUCGUAGUGAUUUAUUGUACUUAGUCAGUGUUUUAAAGGUUAUUUAGGCAAUUUCAGUUGUCUUUUUUGAAUAUUCUUUUGUCUCUUUGCCAAGUUCAUAAAAAUUUCGAGGAAUUGUUGUCGUUAUUGUAAAUUUUUGUAAACUUUAUAAUAAUCGCUUCUCAUGUUGUGUAAAGGAUCUUUUCGCCGGAACACCCGAUUUUUUCUUUAGCAGCGCAAAUGCGCAUUGGCUAUUAAUAGGCCGUAGAUGACGAUGCUUGGAAGGAUCUCAGAUGUGAAUAUUGAGUAAAUCUUUGAGAAUCUACGCAAUAUAUAAAUUGAUGUUAUGCAUUACGGGCAUUCAAUCAAGUACCGAUAUUAUUUAGACGGUAUAUUCAUUAUACAGAGCUAGGAAAGAGCGAGACAGUGCAUCUGUUCAAAUGUGUAAACAUUUCAGACCUAGUGAGAUGUAUAAAACAUUGAGAAAAUCUUUGAGAUUCUAGCCUCUAGCCUCUAGGCAUUCAAUUAAGUGCCGAUAUUAUUUUGACGGUAUACUCAUUAUACAGAGCUGGGAAGGAGCGAGACAUUUCAAAUCUAUAAACAUUUCAGACAUAAAUAUUGAGAAAAUCCUUGAGAUUCUACGCAAUAUAUAAAUUGAUGUUUAUAUGCAUUAUAUAUUAUGUGCCGCAGUGCCGAUAUUAUUUAUACCGUAUAUUCAUUAUAAUCGACUCUAUAAUAAACCACAGAAUAGAUGGCUACACUCAGUACAAAGAGCGAAAAAUUUCAUCAGAUCAGUAGAGCGUAAACGACUAUUUAAUUAAGGAAAGCCUAGGGAAGCCUCACAUAUCGAUUUUGUCCACGAGAAACGUCAUAUGUUCGUUUCUCUAGAGACCCCCAUCCCCCCCUUAAAAACGUCAACAGAUAGUUAUCGAUAUUUUGUUCUUUAAUAUAGUACACAUAAGGUAAUUUUCUUCUAUUGAAUUUGACUGGUCGUCGAGACAGUUGAAUUUAAAUUACUUUAAGGAGUCUUAUCCCAGGCGCACAAGAUCCGAUGGUAGUCGUUCGACUAUGGUUUAAGCCAGUUUUCCACUUUAAAAUAUUGACAGUUUUUAUAGCGCAUUUUUCUUGAAAUUUGAGUGUUUUCAAUGCAAGGAAGGCGUAAUAUUAUAAAUGUAUAGAACAGGUAUGGUAUUACGAAUGUAUAGACUGGUGUUUGUAUCAAGUUGUUUUCUUUUUUAUAUUCUGCAAAGAUGAUUCCGAAAUGUUAAGGCUUUCGAAAAAACUAUCGAAUUUUCCCACAAUGUUUUGCAGAGAAACGUCACAGCUGAAAACGGACCCCCACCCCCAAACGAACAUAUGACGUUUCUCGUGGACAAAAUCGAUAUGUGAGGCUUCCCUAAACAAGCGGGCGUUGUAUCAUUGUAUGGCGUUUAUAUGGCAUUUACGAAGAAAAUAACUUGCGAGACUAAAGAAAAUCUCUUGACUCGUCAGCUCUUUAUUUAAAGUUUAAACGAGGAGAUAGCCAACGUGUUAUCGCCAAUCGCUUGAUUUGCCAGCAAGCUUUAUGCAACAGAAGAAAAAGGCAAAGAGGUGGCCAACGUGUACAACGCCAAUGGCGCGAACUCGUGUGUUCAGUACAAAGAGAACUCUACUAGAUCUUACAAGAAUCUAUCUGUAUCAAAGCUUGUCAAAACUGUGAAACUAUUAAAAUCUACAGUGACAUUAUUGAAUACAUGCGAAUUAGGAAAAGCUGAAAGUACUCAUGAAACACAACGUGACCUUGAGAAUAAGUCAAAGGUCAAUGAGGCUUGUUAUUGUGAAACAUGUCACAAUUAUGUUAAAAUGCGGAAGCGGAUGCGAAAUGGAGCGGAUCCACGGAACGGAUAAGGGAAUAAAAUGCGGAACGGAGCGAAUGGGGAUAAAAUGCGAGUUUUUUCGCCUAUUUUUUACGUUUCUGUGUUUUCGAUUUAUAUUUUUUGUAAUGGAAUGUAACGUCGUAAUGCUUGUCAUAUAACAUAACAUAUCUUAUACAGCUAUUUCAAAUAAAGUUGUCACUGAGACAAUAGUCAAAUGUGCAAUAUGGGCGCUAAAAGGAUGAUGGGAAUAGUUUUAAAUAAGUUUAUGCAAAUGAAGUUUAGAAGAUUAAAAAUUUGGUUGAUGAUAAAGUUCUAGGUUGUCGGCGACCCUAUAUAUAGUUCUUGCAGUGUCUUUGUCAAUUUGAAACUUUACACUAUCCUUGGAUCCCUAGUUGUCUAAUUAUACAUAGUGAUGUAUUGUACGUAUCAAUGUAUACUGUUUUUAUGUUGUUGUUUAGUAGUGUACGGUGAUCUUAUGUAUAGUAUUUGUGGUGUGGUUUGUUUUGUGUAGUGAAAGGUUGGGGAGGGGAGGAUGCUAAUCGUCCUUGCUUGUAGAAAACACAUCAAACAUGAGCGAUGUGGGAGGCUCAAUCUUUGACAAAACAGAGUGGGAAACCUGGGGUCCUUCCUAGCUCAUUCUUUGGUGCCACGUAUAGGUUAUAACAUAUUUUUACGAUUUUAGAAAAUCAACCUAGUAAACCAACGGUAAAGUCGACAAGUAAAAAGAUGACAAGAACAUUUACAGUUUCCACUACACCUGCAAUUUUACCAUCUCAAAGUAGCCUUGAAGGCAAGUGAUGUUUUUGUCUAAUUAUACAUAGUGAUGUAUUGUACAUAUUAGUGUAGGUGAAGGGGUGGGGGAAGUGUGCUAAUCAUCCUUGCUUGUAGGAAGCAUGACCGAUGUGGGAGGCUGUGGUUGUCCAAGGUGGCCAGGUUAAGAUAAAAGGGUUGACGUUUUGAAACCAGAGCACCCGGAGAAAAUCCUCGAAGCACAACAGAGAACUAACCACAAUUCUACUUCAAUUAGUUUUCAAAUACAUAAGGCCAGGGUCAAACGUCGAACUUUUCAUGCGCCGAACCUAAUGUUAAUGAGCUAAGUUCUUUGUUUCACUUCAUUUGCAUUAGGUUCGGCGCAUGAAAAGUUCGACGUUUGACCCUGGCCUUAAUUAAGUGAGAUCAGGAUCGCCCAUCAAGCAACAAUACCUGGUCCUCAUCCUUCAGUAGCAGGCUUAAGUAACUUACUUUUUUAUACUCUUUAUUCACAUAGUCAAUUUGGAUUCAAUUUGCCUUAUGCAAAUAAGUAUUAAAUCUUAUUUUAUUCAGACAAGGGAACAACGGAUGAUUCUAGCAAAAUCAUUAUCAUAGUGACAACAGUAGGUGCUGGCGUAUUUCUUAGCAUUGUGCUUAUCGUCUUAUUGAUGAAAUACAAACGACGGCAGCGGGCUCCAAAAUUAUCCACUCCUGUCAAUAUUCCAUUGGCGACGAAUGAAACUUCACCAGAACCAUUGCCAGUUGAUGAGGUAAAUUAUUUAUGAUCAUGGUGUUGGGAACACAGUGAAUGGUUAUUACGUAUGGGCCUCUAGGAAGAACAGUUUCGAACUGAAAGCACUAUCCGAUUAAUAUUAAAAAAGUUAGUUUAGUUUAGAUUUCUUUCUGUGAUAACAUACUGGAUCAAUAAAAGAUGGUUAAGGCGGUUUUCCACUAGGCGAAAUUUUUCGAUCGAACCGAAAUUUCUAUUGUUCAAAUUCAAAAGAUUUCUGAUUAGUUCCAUCUGAGUGCUUUUAAGACAAAAGAAAAUUUCGAUUCGGUCGAAAAAUUUCGCCUAGUGGAAAACCGCCUUUAAUGGACCUCUAUAGGAAGAACAACUUCGAACUGAUAGAGUUAUCCAAUAUAAAUAUAGUAUUAGUUUAGGUUUCCUCCUGUAGUAACACUGAAUGAAUAACAACAGAUGGUCCUCACUGAACCUCUAGAGAAAACAGUUUGAACUGAUAGUAUAAGUCAAGUUACUUUAGUUUGUACUCGAACUUUUCUCUCCAGGUCCUUCAGUUUUUCUCUUUCAUAAAAACCAACUCUUAGAAAUUAUUUGUCAAGCACGUGUAUCGCGAGCCUCUGACUCGGGCGAAUUGGGCAACCACGCCCUGUGUGUAAUCACAGAAUAAAGACAUACAGAAGUGUAACUUCCAUUACAAAACCGUAAGGCGCUUUUUACCGAAAUAGCUGGCGGCCAUGUUCUUAGCAAGUGCCCUAAAGAGAGGCAUUCACCCCCCUGGAAUAUUAAAUUUUCAAUAUAUUUUCAGGGGGGUCACUGCCUCUCUUUAGGGCACUUGCUAAGAACAUGGCGGACUGAAAAAAUCCCUUACGCACUUUUAAUAAGAAGAUACACUUCUGUAUGUCUUUAUUCUGUGGUGUAAUCGUCAUUAAAUUAAUCAUAAUCAUUCUUACAAAAAAGCAGGAGGAAGUUUACGAAACUGUCGUGAACGUUGAUCAAGGGUUUUACGAAGACGUCGACACAAAUGCAAACGCGUCUGAAGAAGUAUCAUCUGAAGGUCAGUAAUAUCACAGAUUAGAUAUUAAUAUCUAAAUAUAUAUAUUAGGUACUAUUUACAACAUGAGCGGCCGUGUAGUAUCGGAUAUAUAAACUCAAGCCGAAGGAGAGAGAGUUUGUAUAUCAGAUACAACACGGACGCGAAUGCUUUAUAUAGCUUGUGAAGCGUCUCGAUGAGAACAUUCGUAUUCUUCAACAAUUUAAAAUAAAUUAAUGAUAUAAAUUUAGUGAGAAAAUUGAUCUUAAAGUUAUAUAAAUCCGCAUGAUUUUGUAACAGAUAUGCAAACUAAUUCACACGCUCAUGAUUUCUUUUGUGUUUUCUUCAUGAAUUAUUACUGCGUUUCGCAAAUAUUAAUAUGUAACCUGUGGUAAUUUGUUUAAAAUUCUACUAACCUUGGUAUGUCUAAUAUUUGCUCAUUCUAAGAAGAAAUGUAAUAAUAUAUCUUGGUAAAGAAUGAAAUGUAAUAAUAUAUCUUGGUUGAAAAGAAACGCGUCUUGAUAAUUGUGUUCACUGUAGAACGAUGAUGAGAGUUGGUAAGAGAUAAUGAAGAUUGAAACUCUCGCUCGUGUCAACUUUGAGCUGGUUCAAGUUUUGAGUAGAGUUCAUGAGAGUUUUUGCUGUGCUUGGUAAUAUCCAGUUAACUCUUAUCAGUGUUGAGCUGGUUCAAAUUUUGAGUAGAGUUUAUGAGAGUUUUUGUUGCACUUGGUAAUAUCCAGUUAACUCUCGUCAGUGUUCAGCUGGUUCAAAUUUUGAGUAGAGUUCAUGAGAGUUUUUCUUGUGCUUGGUAAUAUCCAGUUAACUCUCAUCAGUGUUCAACUGGUUCAAAUUUUGAGUAGAGUUCAUGAGAGUUUUUGUUGCGCUUGGUAAUAUCCAGUUAACUCUCAUCAGUGUUCAGCUGGUUCAAAUUUUGAGUAGAGUUCAUGAGAGUUUUUGUUGUGCUUGGUAAUAUCCAGUUAACUCUCAUCAGUGUUCAGCUGGUUCAAAUUUUGAAUAGAGUUCAUGAGAGUUUUUGUUGCGCUUGGUAAUAUCCAGUUAACUCUCAUUAGUGUUGAGCUGGUUCAAAUUUUGAGUAGAGUUGAUGAGAGUUUUUGUUACGCUUGGUAAUAUCCAGUUAACUCUCAUCAGUGUUGAGCUGGUUUAAAUUUUGAAUAGAGCUCAUGAGAGUUUUCGUUGUGCUUGGUAAUAUCCAGUUAACUCUCAUCAGUGUUCAGCUGGUUGAAAUUUUGAGUAGAGUUCAUGAGAGUUUUUGUUGUGCUUGGUAAUAUCCAAUUAACUCUCAUUAGUGUUGAGCUGGUUGUUGAAAUUUUGAGUAGAGUUCAUGAGAGUUUUUGUUGUGCUUGGUAAUAUCCAAUUAACUCUCAUUAGUGUUGAGCUGGUUCAAAUUUUGAGUAGUAGUUCAUGAGAGUUUUUGUUGUGCUUUGUAAUAUCCAGUUUACUGUUCUUAUCAACUCUCAUUCUUGUUUGACCAGGGUUUAUAAUCUUUUGUUUCUAAAGGCAGGACAUCAGAUCACGAAGAGGUUGAAGUACCAUCAAAUGCACAAAAGGUUUCUGGACACACUGAACUUAAUAAACGACCCGAUACCUUGAAAAGCGGGGCGACAGGCGAUGGUGAUCAUCAGGCACAUUUAAAGGAGGAUAACGAGUACGUAGUACCGGUUUCAGAGGAACCACAACACGAAACAUCAGGUCAAAAUGAAACCUGUGAAGAGCCCAAAUUAUCGCCAGAAAAUCCUGUUUAUACGGAGCUUGAUGUGAACGGCAAGAAUACAACGGAAGAUGGUACCUAUCAGGAACAAGUAAAGCAAGACUCAGAUUAUGUUACACCAGCUCACGAGAGAAGAGAGUCGUACGAAAACAUGAAAAUGGGAGGAAACGUACUCUGGUACGUUUGGUAA